UGUAUUCCAUCUUUGAGGAUGCUGGUGGCAGGGAGGAGGGUGCCAGUGCUUGGGAGGAGGGUGCCAAUGAGCUGGUCCAGAGUAAACUGGCUGAUUGCUCUGUGUGAAGGGGCAGCAUGGCGCUGUUAGCACCCGGGUGCAGAGCAGGGCAAGGCCACUUGUCAGAUCCUCCAGACAGACACCAGGAGAACUAUCCUCCAAGGAGGCUUGUUUGAUAAAUAUAGAACAACACCCUCUUCCUUAUUUACCCCUGGUGCUCUGCCCGCCGGAUGAUGUCAUGGAAAGGCAAGAAAGAACAUUGAUCUCACAUCAGUCUGCCGAGCAGAUUGCGCAGAGAGGAGAGAGACGCCCCCCUCAACCACCCCACCUUCUCUGGGCGGGGGACUCUAAUCUCCAAUAAAAGUAGUCGCCUACCACAAAAAAAGAGGAAAAAAAAAGAAAGAGAAAAAAAAAACUUUUUUUUUUUCCUGUUGACUGUUGGAAACGAAUUGAGCAAUUAUCUAGUUUACCUUCUCCUCUUGGAAGUUAACGAUUGGCGAGCUCUUUACUGCGUUAUUGACACAACACAUCCCAUUGAGCGGGCCUGGUAGCAAUAAGUAGUGAUUGCUCCGGUGUCAUUGCUGCUCUAUGUAACGUGGAAUGGAUUGGCAUCGGUCCACUAGACUGCUGGUAGUGGGCUUCCGCAUCACUAGACUGCUGGUAGUGGGCUUCCGCAUCACUAGACUGCUGAUGAUGAUGAUCACUGUCCCACUCCCUGCAGAUCAAUGACAAGGAGCGACAAGACAACUCUUGGAGAAGGUAAGACAUGCACAAUAGUUUACAGCACAGAGGAACUAAAGUCUUUCCAGCCAGAGAACAUCUCCCCAGCAGAGUCGACAUGAUCAGUAGCUCCAAACCACUAGCUUUCUCUAUUGAGAGGAUAAUGUCAAGGACUCCAGAACCCAAAUGUCUCCCGGUGUCAAGUUUUUUGCAGGCUUCUGCGCACAAGGGGGAUCAGAAACAAGCACUUCACCUCAACUCCUCAUCCAUUCCCUGCAUGAUCCCAUUUGUACCCGUCACUUAUGAACAUUGUCCUAAACUGGGGAUCACUGGUGCUGAGCUGCGGAAAAGCCAGCAGGACUCAGCGCCGUCCUUCAGCUGCAAUGAUCUGCUAAACUGUGCGGUGACUUUAAAAGGAGACUUCCCCCCUUUACAGCAGUACAAACUUGUCCGACCCCGAGUGGUCAAUCACUCUUCUUUCCAUGCCAUGGGCGCAGCUCUGUGUUACUUCAACAGAGGAGAUGCCCCCUGCCACCCUGCUGCCAGUCUAAACAUCCACCCAGUGGCCUCCUAUUUCCUGGGCUCCCCCCUGCACCAAACCCAGAAAUCCUACCUGGCAGAAAGGAACAAACUCAUUGUCCCAGCCGUAGAGAAGUAUCCUUCAGGGGUCACCUUCAAAGACCUGUCCCACGCCCAGUUCCAGCACUACAUGAAGGAGAGCGCCCAAACCCUGUCCGACAAGAUCGCUUACAAAUCGGCCAGCAAGUUCAACAGCGCUUCUCCCAGCAACAAGCCCAAAGUGUUCACCUGCGAAGUGUGUGGCAAGGUCUUCAACGCACAUUACAAUUUAACCCGACACAUGCCAGUGCACACAGGCGCCAGACCAUUCGUCUGCAAGAUUUGUGGCAAAGGAUUUCGCCAAGCCAGUACCCUGUGCCGACAUAAGAUCAUCCACACACAGGAAAAGCCGCAUAAAUGUAACCAGUGCGGGAAGGCGUUUAACAGGAGCUCCACGCUGAACACGCACACCCGCAUCCAUGCCGGGUACAAGCCUUUCGUGUGUGAAUUCUGUGGAAAGGGCUUUCACCAGAAAGGGAAUUACAAGAACCACAAGCUCACUCACAGCGGGGAGAAACAGUUCAAGUGCAAUAUCUGUAACAAGGCGUUUCACCAGGUCUACAACCUGACCUUCCACAUGCACACCCACAACGACAAGAAGCCCUUCACCUGCCCCACCUGCGGCAAGGGCUUCUGCAGGAACUUCGACUUAAAGAAACACGUGCGGAAACUGCAUGAUACCAAUGCUGGGGGGGCACCCUCUGGGCAGGAAGAACUCUUGCCACCAUCUAGGGAUCAGCCCCCCAGGAACCAGAGCCCAGACCUGCAAAAGGGUAUUUACUGACACCAAUUUGGUUGUGCCCCCUGUCAUAGUGCAGGCAGAAGAGCUGGCCCUGGGUUGAACAUUGUGGAUGCCAGCUUGGCCCGGGGAAAACUACUCCAGAUGAGACGUUUACAAUAACUUGGCCCCUCAGGGGGUAACUAUAACCUUGGUGCCCCUGGGUCAGUGCAUGCACCUGUUAUUCCUAUGAUUUGAGUAUUAUUCUAAGUUGUUCUUGGACUCUUAGGUUGGUGUGUUCUCAUGUUCUGUAUAUGUGGCUAUGAGAUGCCUUCUGUAUAUCUGACCUAUUUAUUAUUUGAAAAUGUAUUAUUCUAUUUAUUGUAAAUAUGAUCAGAAGAGUUUAUUUCCGUUGUGUUUGUCCCAGAUGUUUGCUUCCCCUUUCUGCUGCUGUCGUGCAGGGGGGCAGAUCUCCUCUAUAUCGACGACAAACCGAUGUAUCACGAGUUUUAUUCUUGCACGUAAAAUAAAUGGUUUCCUUGUGG